CCCUGCUGUGUGUGCUUCUCAAAGCCUCAAACAUGUCCAGCCUUUCGCAAUUCAUUGACUUUUCUCAGGAAUCUCUCAAAUGGUCUGCGCUGACAAUUGCCUUCAACCCAAUCUUCUGGAAUAUUGUGGCACGUGCAGAGUACCAUAAGCACCACCUGACUCGCAUAUUCCGCAAUGCCUACUACGGCUGCUAUUUCCUGGCUGCUAUUAUCUUCACCCUGGGCAUCUUUCGUGACCAUGUGUACAACCAGGCUUUGGAAGACCAGCCAUACUAUGCUCCCGUCCAUCAACCACGGCUUGCCUAUCUUCUGUUUGGCGUGGGCUCUGUACUUGUUCUAUCCAGUAUGUAUGCUCUCGGUGUGACUGGUACCUAUUUGGGAGAUUACUUCGGCAUCCUGAUGGAUGCUCCGGUAACCGGCUUUCCGUUCAAUGUCACCGGUUCUCCGAUGUACUGGGGAAGCACCUUGAAUUUCCUGGCUGCCGCACUUUACAAAGGCAGAGUCGCAGGUCUUCUUUUGACUGCUGAGGUCUUCAUUUUGUACUGGUUCGCUCUGAAGUGGGAGGAUCCUUUCACCUCUGAGAUAUACGCCAAGCGAGAACGGGAACGCGCUAAAUUGCAGGGAGGCGGCAAGAGCGCUUAAAGGCUUGGUCUUCAUCCGGGAGAAUAGGGAAAGAAAACAUCUACUAGCUUGAGUUUUUAAGGACUUUCAACAUCCACGACUCGUGCAAGUAUAGGAUCGAAAGUCGAAUUUGGGCAGAGUUCGCGGUUACGUGAUAAGGAUACAUGAGAAAAGGAAUCUUCAACGAUCAAGGGAAUCGCAUAGGGAGAACAAGGACUCCCUCAGGGAUAGCUACUUAUAAAACAACGGAAUCAUAACCAGAGUAGGUAUAGCAUCAUGGCAUCAAACUCCUGCCCUGGCUGCAUUACUUUCGAACAACCUGUUUCGAAACAGACAUGCAAUCUCGCAGGAGCCUAAUUAUGAAAAAAG